AUGGAGUCCGAGGCCACGAUCUCUACAAUGGCAGAUGGUAACUUCCCCGGACUGCCUCCCUUUCCGGACGACGUACCCACAGCACCCCUGCUCCGUCUUUCGUUGGAUAAAUUACUAGCGGGAGACACAGAGGAAUGUGAAAGGCUGUUCAGAUCAUCUACUGACAUCGGGUUCUUCUACUUGGACCUGCGUGACGCCGGGAAACAACUCCUCGCCGACGCAAAUCAGCUGUUUACUGUCGGAGAGCAGAUAUUCGGGUUGAGCCUGGAAGAGAAGAAAAGAUAUGACUUCAGUGCCCAGAACUCGUACUUUGGAUACAAAGGACAAGGGGCAUCGAUUGUCGACAAAGCGGGAAAUCUCGACCGCAACGAGUUCUACAACGCAUCAAAGGACGAUAUCUUAGGCAUAUCCGAUCCCCUCCCCGGCCCAGCCGUAGUACAGAACAGCCGAGGCUUAUUAAAGUCGUUCAUGGGGGGCGCCCACAGCAUAGUCACACUCCUGCUCAACGUGCUCAACGACAAACUGGGUCUUCCGGAGGAUACCCUCGCGAAUCUCCACAGACAACAAGCCGUCAGCGGCGACCAAGUACGCUGGAUCAAAGCGCCGCCCCAGCCGGUCGACGACCGCCGCACAGCACUGGGCCAACAUACCGAUUUCGGCAGCGUGACUAUUCUCUUCAACCGCCUCGGCGGCCUGCAAGUGCUGCCCCCGGGCAAGGACGCAGAAUGGGUCUACGUGCGCCCGCUCCCGGGUCAUGCCAUCGUGAAUUUGGGAGACGCACUGGUCAAGUUCACGAAUGGGCUCUUGCGGUCGAAUAUUCACCGCGUGGUCGCUCCACCUGGUGCCCAGGCGGACUCGACGCGGUACAGCCUGGUUUAUUUCGCGCGGCCAGAGGAUACAGUGAUGUUAAGACGCCUGGAAGGCUCGGACAUGAUUCCACCGCUUGUGGAUGGGCAGACAGAAGAGCAUAUCAAUAGUAAGGACUGGAUCAUCCGGCGUGCCUUGGGUCGACGGAUUGAUCUGGGAAAAGAGAUUGAUUAUGAGACGUCAGCGGGCACAGAGCAGAUCAGCCAGCGAAUCAAGGUCUAA